CGAGCACUUUGAUGAAGUUGCUCCUAGACUUCCCAUGAUCGAAUGAACUCCUUCGUCUCUCGUCCCAUCCCUCUCUGUCAUCCUUCAGUCUUCCAUACCGCGCCUGCCUCCCUCUCAGGCGUUCCGUGCUUGGGGCAAUGCUGCUGGCAGGCCCGUUUGGCCGACCUAAUAAUGCUCCGAGCCGUAGCAUAAUUCGCUGCGCCCGACCUCUUUUGUCACAGCCCUGGACGCCACAUAGCCGAUCCUUUUGCUAUUCCCAUACCCUCGGUUCCCUCAAGACCGUCCCUAAACCUCGUCCAUCCCCGAAUCCUCUGGCCAAAGAUGUGGCUGUCAUAGGUGGAGGAAUCACGGGCCUCACAACUGCAUACUACAUUUCUCUCUAUAUUCCUCAUGCCAAGAUCACAAUCUACGACAAAUCUGACAAGCUUGGAGGAUGGAUGUCUUCAGAGAAGCUUGCGGUGAAAGAUGGCCAUGUCCUCUUCGAGUGGGGUCCGAGGACUCUGCGACCCGAUCUGGGUGGCUCAGGAGCAGCAACCGCGAACCUGAUUGCCAGUCUUGGUUUGUACAAUGAGAUAGUGCCAACCCCCAAAACCAGCCCUGCUGCAACCAAUAGAUACAUCUACUAUCCCGACCAUCUGGUUCGCAUGCCCGGCCCAGCGACUGGUCCCAUGUCGUACCUCUCAAAUAUCGUCACUCUGUUGACUGAGCCGAUUUUUCAAGGAGCUAUAGGAUCAAUGCUGGCUGAGCCUUUUGUCCAAGAUCGAUCCAAGGCCUUGAGGGAUGAAUCCGUCGGCCAUUUCCUAGAGCGAAGAUUUGGCAAGACCAUCACUCACAACCUAGCGUCCGCUUUCUUCCACGGGAUCUAUGCUGGUAAUCUGUAUAAACUCAGUGUGGAGACUCUCCUUCCACGUUUAUGGGCGAUUGAGGGCGGAGAAGCAAAUGAAUCCAUGGGCGUUCUGCUCCGGAUGGUGGAUAUGACGCUCAAAGGGCAGAAACUCGUCAACCUUAGCGAUGUCGCCUUCCGGGAGUUCAAUAGCAGUCUUCAUCUGGCAGAAGGCUUAAACUUGAUCAAGCACGGGGAGACGAUGACACGCAUUCAGAACGAGAGUGUUUACACCUUGGCGAACGGGCUUGGCUCUCUCGCCGCACAGCUGAAGAAAGUCCUAGGUCAGAAUCCCAAUGUCACAAUUCGCGCCGGAUGUCCGAUUGAAUCGGCCGUCUUCGACAAGGCAAGUAAGACCAUCACUCUCCGCGGCGGCAAUGGGAACGAAACGUCAUCUACUCACGAUUACGUUAUCUCGACGUUGGGGCCUGCACCUCUCCAUAACUUUCUCGAAUCAUCUGCAACGUUGAGACAGGCAUCAAUUUCCCCGAGUGUCACAGCCAGUUGCACGCAUGUCAACCGGGCUGUGACUGUGAUGGUAGUUAAUCUCUAUUAUAAAGAGCCAGACAUCAUUCCAUCACAAUACUCUGGGUUUGGCUAUCUUAUACCCAGCUCAGUUCCUGUGGAUCAGAAUCCCGAACGCGCACUCGGUGUCAUCUUUGGCUCGGAGAGCUCGGGUCAACGCGGACCCGACAAUGUUCUCAAGGUCGAGGUACCACGCUCUAUCAUACGAGAGCACAUCAAGCGGGUCGAACGCUCUCUGUCAGAUCUUGAAGCCACCCAAAGUGACUAUAAAGAAGAGCCUAGGCGGCAGCUCAAGUCAAUGCUUAGCACACUCAAAGAGAAAGAAAAAAUCGAGUUCCCGAAUGACAGUGAUGAGACGACUGAGAUGGUGACUCUCCUAGGUCAGGACACUGCACCGGGGACGAAGUUGACCGUCAUGAUCGGCGGGCACUGGUGGGACGGGUGGCAAGAAACGGAUUACCCUUCAGAAUCCGAAGCCGUUGAAAUGGCCAAGUCCUUGUUGGCACGACACCUGAACAUCAUGACUGAGCCAGAAGUCGCAAAGGCCCGCCUCGCCCGCAAUUGCAUUCCGCAGUACCCUGUGGGAUACCGUCAGGACAUGGCAAACAUUCACCGCGGCCUGAUGAGCGAGUAUCAAGGUCGGCUCAAGGUCGCGGGUCCGUGGUGGCAAGGCGCCGUCGGUGUCAAUGAUUGCAUCCGCAAAGCCAAGGAGAUCGCCCGGGACAUCCGCGAACAGUGGGACGAGCAUUCCGGCCUCGAGCGAUAUCAGAAGCCCCAAGAGUGGGUUGUCAUCGAUCCUUCAGACCCCGACCCCGUUCAGUAGUUCGGCACUAGCAUCGAACACAGAUGGACUUCUUCCAUAUAUCAAUCAAGACGGCGUGUGUCUAGAGCACUGAAUUUUGAGAAGAAUGUGAUCAAGUAGACCAGCACCGGUGAGCUCCAGUGGCUGAGCAGCAGCCCCUUCUACUCCUUCUACUCCUUCUACUCCUACAUGGUUUGCUCAGGCAAUCCUCGAGGAUCUCUCUCUCUAAAAAUACCCGCCUCCAUCUCAAAGCAACAUUCUCUGGGUCCUGACUUUAAGGUCAUGCCGCUGGAGUGUUCCGGGUCAGGUCCUCGAGCUUGUGUCCUCCCUCCCCAGUUUCGGCUCCAGCUUCAACUCCAGCUUCCACUUGAGCCUCAGCUUCUCGUAGCCGAUCGCGACUGUCAAUUCCUCUUUGCUCAACAAAUGUAGUCGUUGGUACCCACUUGGUAGAACGGCGGGGAAUUGUGUUCUCCAGCAUCAUGUCAAUUUGCUCCAAUGUCAAGCCCUGUGUCUCGGGAACAAGGACAUAGGUGUACACGUAUGCACACCCAGACAAGCAACCCCAGAGAAAGUACAUACGGGACCCAUACCUGGCAUCAUCUGCCGAGGAAAUGUAUGGCAAGAGGAUCCAGGUGACACUAUUCCAGAGCCAGUAAGAGGCUGUGGAUAGUCCAAUGGCUCGAGACCUGAUAGUUGGAGGGAAGAUUUCCCCGACCAGAGUCUAGCUGGUGGGACCCCAGGUGAGCGAGAAUGUGGCCAGCCCAGCGCAAGCUAAGCCUACCUCUGUGAUCAGGGCGAGGCCCAUUCGACCGUCAGCAACACCCAUGCAUGCAAUUAUGACAUGACAGAAAAGCAUGAGAGCAGAGCCCCACAACAAGGCAUUACGGCGACCGACAACCUCGAGGACCACGAAAGAGAAUGGGAGACAAACCACGCAGAUCAGAGUGGGAAUCAACGAGAUGAUGAAAGGGUCAGAGAUUGUGUCGAUGGCUUUGAUGAUAACGGUGACAAAGUUGAGCAAAGCGUUGGAACCAGACAGCUGUUGCAUCAUCAUGAGAGAGACUCCAAGAAUAGUUCGACGGAGGUUGGAGUUGUAGCGUUGUGCCCAGAGUGGCCCAUGAAAACAGUUUGCCCAGUCGGUCAGGUACCGACCCUGUGGAAGUAGCCGGACAUGAUGCUCGUCAUGAGCUAUCAUCUCGUCCAGCUCCGGCGGCAUUUGAUCCAUAUCAGCCAGACUCUGAGGCUGACCUCGAAGAUGUGCAAGGGCUCGCUUCGCUUUGGUCAAAUUCCCGCAUUUGACAAGAUAUCUUGGAGAUUCCGGUAACCACCAGAAGAGCCCGAGUAGGCUCGCCCAGAGAAUUUGGAUGGCAGUGGUGAUUCGAAAGGAAGUAUCCGCGCUAUAGCUCUGGGUUUUAUAGCUCACGCAGAGCGCGACGAGAAGGCCAACGGCAGUUCCCGAGUUGUAGAAGGUCAUAGCCACAGCACGAAAGUGAGGAGGACUGAUCUCGCAGAUAUAGGUCAUCAUGGUGGCGGAAACAAGCCCAAGACCGAUGCCACUGAUGCAGCGUGCGGCUACAGUGGUCGUGUAUUCAGGGACAGCAGUUUGGAGGAUUGCACCGAAGGAACACAAUUGUGAACCAAGGAUGAUGGUGGGCCGGCGACCAAGCCUGUCAGAGAGAUCCCCAGAUGCAACUCGAGCUGAGGUCAGUAUGGCAUGUUGGAUAUUGCAGAAGAGGUACCUUACCUGAACCAAGGAUGGCGCCUAUCCCCAGCACAAAGAUGAUGACAGCUUGCCGUUGAGUCCAGUUCACUGUGAAAGGGUCCAGGCCCAAGGAGCCCUUGCCAUAAGCAGCAUUAUACCCUAUGAAAAUGCCUGAAAGGCACGUCAGUGUAGAGAUGAAGAUGGAUUUGAAAGUCAACCCAAACUCCAUGGGUUGGACGAUUACGGGUCCACUCGGUGUCGUCUGGUUGUCUGCCGUUAGAGUCGACAUUACGAUGCAGUAGAUGAAGAUGAAGAAGGUCCAACUGAAACUUCGUAGUGGAUAAUCUGGGAAUUGCAUAAGGUGAAUGCAGAUUUACCUAUACUCAGAAUGCGUUUUGAGCAAUGCUGAUGGUGAGCAAAAAGGUUGUACAAUGGAGAGAUGGAGAGAUGAAGAGAUGAAGAGAUGAAGAGAUGAAGAGAUGAAGAGA